CCUGUUUCGUGAAGGCAAUGAACGACAUGAACGACAGGAAACACAGCCUCUUUCUUCAUGGGGGUUUGGGCCGGAUUUCUCGGGCCCAGCUUCAUGAAACUGGUUGGUUUCUAGGCGCAUCGCGUGAUUUUUGGAUCGUUCUUGCAGCAGCCCUCUCUGCCCUGUUGGGAUGUUUUUUGCUGACUUUCUGCACAGUAGAGCUCAGUACCCGUCGCCGUUCAAAGGGAGACUGGCAGGAUAUGGAGCCCUUCACAAAGCCUGCAGGGCAUUUGGGCUGCGUGCAGAGAAGAGUGUUUCGGGGUUCCCGCUACGGAAACAGCUUUGCAUUUCAUGCGGAGUUGUCAUUGCGUGGGGCCUUGGUGGUGUUGUUCUGUGCUGCCACGUAUGGCUUUGAGGCUUUGGAUUGGUGGCAGCACCAAGGGUGGUCAAUGAGCUACGUUGUGGUAAUCUUGGCUUUCACACUCUAUGUGGACCUGGGUAGCACUGUUGUCUUGGCUUGGACGGGCUUCUACGGCACACUGCUUCCAGUCAUGAACUGCUGGCUCAUGUUCUACCUCUUUCCCGAGGGUGUGAAGCACGAUCACGAUGUCUGGAGCAAGGUGUUUGGCUGGAUCAAUUUUUUUGUUUUCGUCCUACUGAUGUUUGCCCUAGGUUUUGCCACCAACGCCAAGAUGUAUGCUUUGUCCUGGCAAGCCUAUUUCUCCAUGUGUUUCCUGAAUCCGUUUGACAAGACCUGCUUCAGCCGUGGCCUGGCAGAUGUUCAUCUGCAGGGAGCUGAAACGGGUGCAUUCAUGGGAACGCUGAUUGGAUGUGUUUUUGCCAUCUUCGUCGCAGCACUGCCGAAGAACAUCUCCGCCUUGAACAGGGCGCAGGACCUCAUGGUGGAUCUGAGUUGGUCCCAUGGCCGGCUCCUCCAACAGCUGGUGGAGAUGGGUGCGUUGAAGAUGCGACCGCAGGCGGCUUCGGUCUUUGCGGUGGAGGUGCAGCACCUGCAACAGGACUUGGAAGAGAUCAGGGAGCUGUUGAAGAACAGUUGGUGGGAGUGUUUUGAUCUUGGCGUGUCUGGUCGAUCGCGACUGAUGCUGCUGGAGAUGUGUCAUAGCAUUGACUUUCUGAAUGACUGGCUUGAGUCAAUGGUGAUGGCAGUGCAGCAUGCCAAUGUCGCAGAUGGUGACAAUUCACCAAAUAUUUUGGACAAUCAACGGGAAAUCCUUCAGCUCAUCUACAGCACCAAAGGGGCAUUGCAACAGACCGCCACAGCAGCUGCAAAAGGGAACCUGGAUGCGGCAACGGAAGAGCGCUUGGGAUUUUGGCUCACGGAAUUAGCAGAUGCCCAGAUAAAUGCACAUGACGCAGUGAGAGAAAGGUUGCUUCAUGAGGGAUCCUGGCAGCAUUUCUUCUCUUCCGCACAUUUACCUUGGUUUGCCUUGGCGUCCAGUGCCAGCGGUUAUAGUCAGAAGGUUGCAGAUUUAUUGCUUGCAAUGGCGGAGUUUGACCCUGCCACUGUGGCAGUGGGACCCUGUUGUGGUGCUUGGCAGGGUGUUUUGGCCUUACCUGGAGCUGACCUAAGAAGUUGUGAUGCUGUGCUAACUGUGUUGAAGCUCAUGCUGACUUUCAGUACGUGUUUUGUGCUUGGCAGGCUUGGAAUUCACAUGGACAGCGGUUCUUUUGUACCUGCCUUCAAUGCCACUCCAGCGGGCACUGUGGCGUAUCUGAUUUUUCAGGGCGGAAAUCAGGCUGCUGCAUUAAAAAAGAACAUGGAUCGUUUCAUCGGAGUUGCGGCAGGGUCAAUGUUGGGCACCCUGACUGUGGGUACCUGUGCCAGCCUGCAGCCCUUUAUAAGCUGGAAUGGAGCCACUAUCCUUUUCUUGCUGCUGUACUUCUGUUUUGAAAUCACAGCUUUGUUCGUGUACUUUUCCUCACAGCGUUUUUUCUAUGUUGGGCUCAUGUUCUCCUGCUUCUAUGCCAUUUCCACCUUGCGCCCUUUCGACGCUUUGAGGGUCCUGCAGGAGCCAGGCGGGGUCAGGCAAGAACGCAGAUCCGAAUACCAAGACAUUCUGAGCCAGUUGUUGGCAAUAGUCAUUGCCACGUUGACUGACCUUGUUGCCGACAAGUCUUUGAGUAUCCGCGCCACUGCCAACUUGCAAAGUUUCAUCCAAAUUGUGGAUGAAGCAUUCGAGAGGUAUCCUGUGAGCAACAGGACAAAACCAUUGGAACUGCGCAAACAAGGGCUCAGUUACCUACGCGCCGCUGCAGCAGACGGCUUGGAGGCUGCGCGCGAGCCACGGUGUUUGGGUGUCCCAUGGCGGUACGAGCUGUGGAACCGGGUGAUGAAUAUUUGUCAGGAAACAUGGCAAUGCUUGACCAUCGUGAGCACCACUGAGAACCCCAGCACCGACCAGGAGAAGUCCUUGCGCCGUUCCGUGGAAGUUCUGACGAGAUCGCGAAGCUUCAGAAAGGAGCUGCGAGCUUUGCGGCUUCGAAGUCAAAAGGCAUUUCAUUUGACCAUGGGCUUCUUGCGGCAAAACUUUUAUGAUGAGCAGAGCCGGGAGAUGAUCGCAUUGCAAGAGGAGCUGUUGUCCAACCGAUUGCAUCGUGCCGAUGCUGCCAUGCCACAGAUCAUGGAAGAGUUAAGGUCCAGCCUGGAAUUGGAGAAAGCUGAGCGGUUGUUGGACAACCAAGUUUGUGCAGUGGCCAUGUUCUUGAUGAUGUUUGAAGCCUUGGUAGAGCGACAAGUGCGGCUGGAAACUGCCAUCUUGGAACAACCAGAGGUCUGGCAGCUCCUAAGGGAGGAAGACUUGGAGACGUCCGAGGAAAGGUCCGAUUGUACCAGCCUUUCCAGCCCGGAGUAG